GCGGGUGCAUUCAUGAGUGAGGAACCUGAGCCUGCGCUGAGCAUCCUGACAGCGAGAGCAGGGGCUGGUCAGGGCGAUGGCCACAGGCCCGGGCCUCUGGAAUGGCACCAUCAAUGGCACCUGGGAUGGGGAUGAGCUGGGCUACAAGUGCCGCUUCAACGAGAACUUCAAGUACGUGCUACUGCCUGUGUCCUACGGCGUGGUGUGCGUGCUCGGGCUGUGUCUGAACGCCGUGGCUCUCUACAUCUUCCUGUGCCGCCUCAAGACCUGGAACGCCUCCACCACAUACAUGUUCCACUUGGCCAUGUCGGACGCGCUGUACGCGGCCUCCCUGCCCCUGCUGGUCUAUUACUACGCCCGCGGUGACCACUGGCCCUUCAGCACAGUGCUCUGCAAGCUGGUGCGCUUCCUCUUCUACACCAACCUUUACUGCAGCAUCCUCUUCCUCACGUGCAUCAGCGUGCACCGAUGCCUGGGUGUCCUGCGUCCACUGCGCUCGCUGCGCUGGGGCCAGGCCCGCUAUGCCCGCAGGGUGGCCGUCGCUGUGUGGGCGCUGGUGCUGGCCUGCCAGGCACCCGUGCUUUACUUCGUCACCACCAGUGCACGUGGUGGCCGCAUCACCUGCCACGACACCUCGGCACCCGAGCUCUUCAGCCACUUCGUGGCCUACAGCUCCAUCAUGCUGAGCCUGCUCUUCGCGGUGCCCUUCGCCAUCAUCCUGGUCUGUUAUGUGCUCAUGGCUCGGCGGCUGCUAAAGCCGACCCACGGGGCCAUGGGAGGCCUGCCGCGGGCCAAGCGCAAGUCGGUGCGCACCAUUGCCGUGGUGCUAGCUGUCUUCGCCCUCUGCUUCCUGCCUUUCCAUGUCACCCGCACCCUCUACUACUCCUUCCGCUCGCUGGACCUCAGCUGCCACACCCUCAACGCUAUCAACAUGGCUUACAAGAUCACCCGGCCGCUGGCCAGCGCCAACAGUUGCCUUGACCCUGUGCUCUACUUCCUGGCUGGGCAGAGGCUCGUGCGCUUUGCUCGGGAUGCCAAGCCACCCACAGACUCCACCCCUACCACCCAGCUUCGCCGCAGGCUGGGCCUGCACAGGUUCAACAGAACUGACACUAAGAGGACAGAAGACUCGGCCAGCAGUGAGAACUCUAGACAGACAGAGUCCACACCGCCUGGUGGUGAAAACACUAAGGACAUCCGGCUGUAGGACCUGAACCCCUUGGGCCUGUGCCAGUUUGUGUCGGGUGGGACUGUAGACUUGUCCAAAUGGGACAGUCUCCCCAGAUAUGGACCAUCAGUGAAUCAGGCCAGAUGGUCAAGGGGGCCGUGACCCCAGUGCUCUGUCAUUUGACAGGGGCGCAGUUUGUUCUCUGUGGUCCAGAGAGCUCAGCAGACCCCACAUCCCGAGUCACCAUUUGUAUGUGAGAUUU